AUGAACGUUGUUAGAGCGGAUGCGUUCUAUCCGGUGGGAAGCACCCUUUGCAGGUCAGCACUUGCUAUACAGUGCCAGCGGCUGCAAAUGAAGGCCAAACAGGCCGGCACCACGGCCUCCACACCAAACUGUCACAGAUUUGAGGAGGCGCAGAAUAAUCCUCCAUCUCUUUCUGCUGGCCCUGCUGCAUAUGAGGGCUCUCUCUUUGAUAAUAUAGAUGAUGAUCUCCCCCUUGAGCAACAAUUUGCCAAGCUACUGAGUAUUUCCAUGCAUAGCGUACAUGUUACAAAUACAUACAAGGCGCUUCUCGGAGCGCCAACCCCAACCAAGAAGUUCGAGAUACAGUGUGACGAGUUCUUGCGGCGUCUGGGGAUCGCCCCUGAAGCAGAGACAAUUGAAAGGUCCGUCCGUCAAGUGGACCAGAUAGAGCCAUUUACUGAAGAAUCCAUUGAGAGACCAAGUGAUAUGCGGUCAGUCUUCCCAGAGACCUACGGAUGCGGGGAACAGUGCCUUGAAUAUCGUGGGCUCCAUGCACUUGAGCCCCUGUUCGAGUCUUUCUGA